AUGCAACAACCAGCACAUCGCAUGUUCAACACGAGUCUAACAACAUGCCUUGUUCUAUUGCCAUCAAAGAAAGAGGAUUAUGAUGAUGAGCCCUACUCCAAAGAAGAAUCGGCAACCAUUGUGGAUCCUGAAGAUUACUUACAUGGCGAUGAUUUGGAAGGCAUUCCAUCCUUGUUAAACCAUCCACACUUUUUAUUGCUCUAUGUACCUGGCAAGGAUGAAGAAAAGACCAAGAUGAAACUCGUCAAGCCUUCUACCGAUCCCAUUCAUCGAAGACGUAUCAUGAAACGGGUUAUUACUGCGAGUGGUGAUGAUAACAACCAAGACGUGCCAUUACCGCAUUAUGCCUUGUCCCAUCUCUGGAAAACAUCCAAGCAUGGCCAUCAAUGGGAGGACAUUGGCCUUUAUGUGGAUGACGAGUAUGGAAACCCUGUGGAGCCUGUAUCCAUGCGACCUGAAAAACGAGACACCAUCCUUGCACUGCUCCGAGACCACCCUGAUAGUUACUGGUGGAUCGACGUGUUAUGUGCACGCACAGAUACCCCCUUGGAUAUCAUGGGCGAUAUUUACGCUCAAUGUUCAACAUGCUAUGCCAUGAUUGAUUGUGAUGAUAAAACGAUACCCAAACUUAGACAUUACAUGGACCGUAUCCCUGACCAAGAAAGCUACUGGAAGAAACGCCUCAAACGCCUCAAAAUGAAUGAUCCACAGUAUGAGUAUACCUUUAAGCAGUAUAAGCAAGCCGUGGAUGUCUUGGAUACGUUUAUGGAACGCGAUUGGUGGAAGCGUGUGUGGACAUGGCAAGAGAUGGUGCUACCUCGAGAAGUAGUGUUUUUGGCUGAAACGGCAACCGAAGUAUCAGGCACGCAUAUGCUGGAUAUGGAAUCACUUUCUCGUCUUGAGAAAAAUCUACAAACGGAGUCAUUCCGUUUACCAGGCAAGCCAUUGAAACGUACUGGGAGUGCCCGGUUGAUGGAAAUGAAACGAUCACGAGACGCGGGUGAAGCUUUUCGAGAUGAAAGGAUCUCGUUAUGGACAUUGAACCACUUGUUCAAGGCGUUUGAACGAUCAUCAAGGCGAUGCAUGGAUCCAGUGGAUUAUGUCUAUGGUGUGCUCGGCGUUUUAGGAUUCAAGAUACGAAGGAUGGACGAUCCCCAGCAAGUGUGGCAUUGCUUUUUCGCCGAGCUUGAUAAUUUUCUUACCGAUGUCAAAAGGCGCUCGAUGAUUGAUCAGCGAGAUGAAAUGUUCGCCGCUAUAGGCGUCAAUCAGGAUAUGAAAAAUUUCGACUUACAGGCUGCACAAUGCAUGUCUGAUGUAUAUACAGGGUUGCUGGAUAUCGACAUGUUUACAGUCAUGGUUUAA